AUGGAUCUCCUCACUGAACUCGAGAACCUAGCCCUCGAGGCUGAGAACGAGAAUGAGAGCAACAUUCUCGAAACUGGACUGGUCCAUAGCCACAGACCGACUACUCAGCUCAAGGCACAGAGGUGUGACUAUACAACGACUUAUCUCGUUAAGCUCGAAGGGCCAUUGAACAGCCCUUCAAUUAUACAGCAGAUUGCAGGGCUGCUGGAACGACCACUUCUAAAAAGAGGGGAAGGAGAACUUGGUGAUGCCAGCUUCUGUCUUAUCAAGGGCACUACCAGGCUGGCAAUACUCUCAGCAUUUUCAAACUAUGCACCUACCUUUAUUCGAGUCAAUAUGGCAGAUAAGCACCUCUCCAACUACAGCAUAUCACCUAGCCUCGGCUCCGAUAUUGAUACUACCCUUCCGCAUAAUCGUGCUCCAAGUACGAAUCAAAUAUUCCUUCCUACUCAGAACCAGUACCCUGUUUGGUACUUCUUUUAUGGAACACUUACCGACCCCGAGACGCUUGCACGGAAAAUCUGUCUCCCCGUACUACCUGUCCUUCAACAAGCCACGGUCAAAGGUGGUAAGAUGAAGAUGUGGGGCGGAAAAUAUAAAGCUCUUAUAGAUGGUCCCUCCUCAUCCGUUGUUAAUGGGUGGGCAUACGAAGUCAACUCUGAAGAGGAGGAAGAACAACUCCGGUACUACGAGACUGACCAGUAUGAGGUCGUGAGGUGUGAGAUACAUAUCGUGGAUAGUGGAGAUAUCGUUAAGGGUCUUACCUUCAGAUUCAUUGACGAUCGAUCACGGGUGCGGGAGACUAUUAGUGCCAAUCCUAUAGCGGAUCAAAUUGAGUAA